AUGAGGUGCAACAACACAGACGGGAUGCCUCGAGGAGACUUCAACAUCUACUUUGCCAGCAGUCGACGUGGAUUUGCCAGAGCUGAAGAGGCAGUCGGUGUUGUGCUGCUGGUCAUCAUCCUGGCUGCUCUCAUCCUGCUGGGUUGCUGGUACUUUAAAAGGAGAGGUGGCUAUAAAAAAAUUAGGAGUCCCAGAGCUGGAUCACCAACUUACAUGGGAGGCCAGUACACUGAGGCUGGAGCUUCUGCGGAAAACAAGAUGUCGCUUACGGACUUUGGCAGCCUGCGAUCUGUUAUGCCGAACGCUCCUCCAGCCUAUGAAAAGAUCUCCUCGGGCCCACUGCCUCCUCCUUAUUCACCUUAG